AUGACAGGCUUUUGCGAUUGUGUUGUACAUCUUGAUCGCGACCUCAAGCUGCUGGAGGACUCGCCGAGGAUCGCGGCACUGCUCCUGUGUGGAGCCUCGAAUUGCAGCCGCGGCGCAAGCUUUCUGGAGUUAGUUUGCGAGGACGAUCGAGGCCGUGUUCGAAGCCUCUUCGCUGAUUCGUUCGCUGCGCCUGUGACGCAUUCUUUGGCUCUCAAUGUGCGCCUCGUGGACUCCGAUAGCAAUCAGGUGAAGGUGGAGAUGAUGCACAUACCCUUCUUUGACGAGCAGGGCGAACCUUGCCACCUACUGUGUUUGAGGGAGUCGGACGAUGUCACCACGGCAUCAACAGUGGCACCACUACAGCGUGACACCGUGUCCGCAACCCUGGUCAAUUUUGGCGAUGCCACGGAGCAGGCUUAUGUUGUCUUUGACGCCAUGACAUUCGACAUCCUCCUUGCAAGCAGCGACUUCGAGGCUCUGUUCGCCAAAUGCACAGGACACGCUGCCAAUCUUGAGGAAAUGAGCGUUCACGACUUGUCCACGGAUGUCGGAGAACCAUCCCUGAGUCGGCGGAUUCAGCUAGUGGUAAACUCAUUCUAUCACAACAGCUCGAACAACGUCGAUCUGGGUGUCUUUCAAUUCUUCGGCGCGUGCAAGAUGCAGGUGCGAGUGGAAUUGCAGCACGACCCAGUUCUGGCAACGCUUGUCGGUACGCUCCAUGUCACGCCGACAAAUCCCGGCUCCUGUCAACUGAAUGUUCUGAAUGUUGAUCAGCAUGCAUCAGCGAAUAUCAGCGACCUGUUUGCUGACGUGGACACAGCACAAGACCUGAAGCAGCGAAAGCUUGAUGGCUUCUUCAGGUCGCACUCGGCACCUGCCUUGGCCGCAAGCGUGGCAUCACCACUGCGCUCGAAGUCGGCGCCCGUGCUGGGUCAGGAGCUGAGAGAGGCGACGUCCUUGCGUUUGAAGGGCACAAGCCGCAUGGACAUUCGCGGUCGAUCGAAAGACGAGGUGAUCCACAUUGGCGAUUCCGAUGAAGAGAUGCAACGCAGACCGGAUGCCAAAUCAAAGUCCUGGCCUCGUGUUUUGCGCAUCUCGGCCGGGCGCGUGGCUGCAGCCGCCGGCCUCCAUCGCCAUGCCGACCCCGGCGAGGUCUUCAUAGAACUGCUGUACCAGGAUUUGCCUGACAUGCUUCUCGCAGACGCUGCGGAUGCCGGUGUUGAGAUCGUCUCGCCACAAGCAGAGCGCGCACGUCUCCUCGCGAAGAGUGGCGAGGCAGAAGCCCUCGAGGCAGUGUUGCGCGAGGCUUUCCAGGCGCCCAAGGUCGAGGCGGCACAGGCCGCCCGCGAGGCCAUCGCGAAAGCUGUGGAGGCCAACUGCUGGCAAACCGAUGCUUGGUUGGGAGGCAGUGAGAUUUUUGUGCAUGCCAGCCCUGCCGUCCUUUACGCGCGUAGUGAGCGAUGCUGCACACAUCGGGGCAUCAUCAUCUCCAAGCCUCGGCCAAUACGGGCAAGGCUUGAUGCUGAUGCGAUUUUAUAG